UUUACCCAUUCUUCCCCGCAUCCAUAUCCAUAAUGGCAAUUUCCAAAUCAACACAAUCGCCUUUGGGUUGGCCCCUCUUCAUUUUCCUCACACCCCUUACCCCACCCAUUUUCCCCCAUCGCAAUUUUCCGACUCUCUCCCAUUUCCUCCAAUUUACCCAUUCUUUCCCAGCCCACCACACAAUGGCAAUUUCAAAUCACGAUCGCCUUGGGGUUGGCCCCAAUUGUCCCCUUUCCCCACCCAUUUCCCCCAUCGCAAUUUCCCCUCCCAUCUCCAAAUGGGCCCAUUCUUUCCCACCCCACACCCAUAAUGGCAAUUUUCAAAUCAAAAUUGCGCGGGCCCAUUCCAAAUCGGCCACUCUUUUCAAAUUGCCCAUCUUUCCCAUUAGCAGAAAAAAGGCACUAAAAAGUGUGUAUAUUGGUGCUCAACAUACUAUGCAGUAUCAGACCCAAUGCAAACAACAAAAUCUUCAUUUUACAGUAUACCAAUAUGAUUCAACAGUGGGUCAAUUCUACAAACAAUGGAUUCAAACGAGAGAGAAUUUGGGGAUUUUCUCCCAUUAUGAUUCUUGUCAAGCAAUCUAUCAACUAGAUUGUCCUCUGUGUAUUUAGAUGAAAGAAUACUAGUACUCGUUGGUAUUUCGUCUGCCAACUCUACUUGGGUAAAUUCUUCCAAUAAAUCCAUACGAUCGUGAAGCAAUCGGUGGUAAAUAGACUAUCAAGGAUAUAUAAAUACUAUAUGAACUAAAGUCUAGGGUAUAAUGACUCUUCU